GGCAAUUAGAAAUAAAAAGAAAUUAUUUUAAUUUCUGCAGCUGUCCGAGUAUUAUACAUUAAUAAUUAGUAAACAAUUAGUAAAUAAACAAUGUUUCGUCGUGGUAAAUUGGCAUUUUUAAAUACCAAAGAUGAUCGUAUUAAAAUUAUUAACGAACGCAUUAAUUUAACCGAAAAACAUUUAAUAGAAAUGUGUUCGACUUUUUCCGCCUGCACCAGGAAGUUGGCUAAAUUUCGUGAUUCUUAUGACGAACUAUCGAAAUGCUUAAAACACUAUUCGGAUGAUGAGGAAAUCAAUGAAAGUUUAAGUGAUGGUUUGAAAAAUUUCACUAACGCUGUCACUAUUUUGGCUGAUUAUAUGGAUUUGAAUGUUCAUCGUAUGGAAUUGAAGAUUGUUAAUGAAUUGGCACAAUUUGAUACUUUAUGUAAAACUACCAGGGAUAAUUUACGUACAGCUGUAGCUCGUGAUAAAGAGGUCUUAAAGCAGCGUCAAAUGUUGGAAUUGAAAACGAAAUUUUCGGCUAAUAAUUCCGCUGCCGAUUCGGAAUUGCUAAAAGCUAAAAUGGAAGUAAGUCGUACGAAUAAAGAAAUCGAUGAAAUUAUAAGCAAUUUCGAGAAGCGUAAACUGAAUGAUAUUAAAAGCAUACUAGUAGAUUUCAUUUUAAUCUCCAUGAAAUAUCAUACAAAAUCUUUGGAAGCUUUAUCGGCCAGUUAUUAUGAUGUAACAAAUAUCGAUGAAAGGGGAGAUUUUAUGGAAUUUCAAAAACUAAUGAAAUCGAAAAGUGAGGCACAAGAAAAGAAAUCCAAUAAAAAGGCGGGCCAGUUGAGGUCACAGUCAAUGGAAAGUUUGGAAAGAGAUCAACUAUUAAGUCCUUUAAAAAGGAAGGGUAGAAUAAGUAAAUCUACUAAAAAUUUGGCAGAAAAUAAAACCGAUGAAGAAGACGAAGAUGAUGAGGAUGAAGACGGCGAAGAAGAAGAGGAGGAUGAUGACGACGACGAAGAAGAUGAUGAGGAGGAGGAUGACAGCGAAAAUUCCAAGUCUGAAGAGGACUCAAUUACCGAAGCCGAAGAUGUGGGCGAGGCAAAUGCUUUGGAUACUGCCUCUAAUUUAAAGGCAAAUAAAUUGAAUUUUAAGAAACCUUUAACCAAACCCCAAGUAAAGCAUCCCUUUAAAGCGGUGGCGGCUACACAUGUAAGAUUGCAAAAGCAAUUGCAUGUGCAGUCUUAAAACUACAUUUUUUAA